AUGUCGAAAUUCGCUGGGCCUCGCUCAGGGCUCCUGCGCAGGCUUGCCCUGCCGCUGGGGAUCAGCGCCGUGGGAGGCGGCCUCCUCUUCUACAUGUACCGGCCUCGCAACAUCCCCGGCUACGAACCCCCCGCCGUCCCCCCGCCCAUCUACGGCGCCGAUGGCACCUUCAAGCUGCCCCGGUUCCCCCGCGUCAAGUCUCGCGACGAGCAGAUCGCCGAAUUGAAGAAGAGCGCCGCCGCCGGCGCGGAUGCCGAGGAGUAUGACAUGCUGGUCAUUGGUGCUGGCGCAACUGGAGCCGGAGUCGCAUUGGACGCCGCCACACGAGGUUUGAAAGUUGCAGUCGUCGAGCGCGAUGAUUUCAGCAGCGGUACCAGCAGCAAGAGCACCAAGCUCGUACAUGGAGGAGUCAGAUAUCUCGAGAAGGCUGUCUGGAAUCUGGAUUACGCCCAGUACCAGCUUGUCAGGGAGGCACUCAAGGAGCGCAAGUAUUUCUUGCAGACGGCUCCCCAUUUGAGCAUGUGGCUGCCCAUCAUGCUGCCCCUGGACAAGUGGUGGAAGGCUCCAUACUACUGGGCCGGCACCAAGUUCUAUGACUUCCUUGCCGGAAGCGAAGGUAUCGAGAGCUCCUACUUUCUUACCAGGAGUAAGGCCAUUGAUGCUUUCCCCAUGUUAAAGAAGACAGACCUGGUUGGCGCCCUGGUGUACUACGACGGAGCUCACAAUGACUCUCGGAUGAACGUCUCCAUCGCCAUGACCGCCGCUCUGUACGGUGCCAAUGUCGUCAAUCACAUGGAGGUGACCGGCUUGAAGAAGGAUGCCAAUGGCAAGCUCUGCGGUGCAGUCGUCAAGGACUUGGUUCCUGAAAGGAAUGGCAAGCAAGCAGACCAGUUUGAGAUCAGGGCCAAGUGCAUCGUCAACUGCACAGGUCCCUUCACCGACUCAAUCCGCAAGCUCGAUGAUCAAGACUGCAAGGAGAUUGUUGCCCCAGCCUCCGGUGUGCAUGUCAUCCUACCGGGCUAUUACAGCCCGGGCAAGAUGGGUCUGAUUGACCCCUCAACCUCAGAUGGCCGUGUGAUAUUCUUCCUACCGUGGCAAGGCAAUACCAUUGCUGGUACGACCGAUGAGCCAGCCACAGUCACAAAGAGCCCUCUUCCCGAUGAGAAGUCCAUCCAGUGGAUCCUCAACGAGAUCAGCCACUACUUAUCUCCCGACAUCAACGUUCGUCGGGGAGAUGUCCUGGCUGCCUGGUCGGGCCUGCGCCCGCUUGUGAAGGAUCCCAAGGCUAAGAACACGGAGUCUCUUGUGAGAAAUCAUCUAAUCGAUAUCUCCGAUUCCGGCCUUUUGACCUGCGCGGGAGGUAAGUGGACUACGUAUCGACAGAUGGCUGAGGAGUGUGUGGAUGCUGCAGUUGAGGCGUUUCAUCUACAGACUCGCCCGUUCCCCAAUGCACCGAGAGUCAGUGGAACUGAUGCCGUUGAUGAUGGCGCUAUCCUGGACGGCUCCUGCCAAACACAUAAAGUCCGCUUGAUCGGUGCCCAUGGCUUCAGCCGGACCCUUUUCAUUCACCUCAUCCAACAUUUCGGCAUUGAGACCGAGGUUGCGAAGCAUCUCACAGAAAGCUAUGGUGAUCGUGCCUGGACAGUUGCCGCCCUAUGUCACCCCACGGAUCAGCGCUUCCCUGCCAGGGGCGAGCGCAUCUCUCAGCUGUACCCCUUUGUAGAUGGCGAGAUCAGAUAUGCCGUCCGCUAUGAAUACGCACAGACUGCCACAGAUGUAGUCGCUCGGAGGACAAGACUAGCGUUCCUCAAUGCUCAAGCUACCCUGGAGGCUCUGCCGAAAAUUAUCGAUAUCAUGGCGCAGGAGCUGAACUGGGAUAAGCGAAGGCAAGAGACCGAGUGGAAAGAAACUGUCGCUUUCCUCGAGUCCAUGGGACUGCCUCAACCCAUGCUUUCAACAACACGGAAGCAAAUUGAACAGGGCAAGCUAGAUUUCAGCACAUCGCUCGAGUACAAGAUGUACUCACGCCAUGAUAAACCGAUAGAGGAGUAA